AUGCUCUCCACCGUUGCUUCCUAUCCUAGCCCACUCACUAAAGAAGAUGAAGAAAAGGCUCGUAAAAUAAAAAUGGCGUCCAUUAUUGAGAAGUAUAAAGAUAGAGUCUCAACACUCCCAAAGCACACAAGUUGGAUAAAACAUCCUCUAUAUAAAUACGAGGGUUUUUGGUUCCACCAAGGUUUUUGGUUUCAUUCUGAGGCGAGCUUCUCAGUUGAAGUAGUUAUGGCCUUGCAAGAAGAAUUUGUAGCACAACCCACAAAUGUUUUCUUAGCAACUUAUCCGAAAUCUGGCACGACAUGGCUUAAGGCCCUCGCCUUUGCCAUUGCGAACCGAACCAUGUGUAAAGGUUCAAACCCAACACACCCAUUGCUCACCACUAAUCCACAUUAUUGUGUCCCUUUCAUUGAAACCGAGCCUUUUUUAACCAACCCUUGCUACAACAACGACCUCCUCGCCACUCAUCUUCCUUACACGUUGUUGCCUAAAUCUGUCAUUAGUUCUAAUUGUCGGAUUGUUUACGUAUGUAGAAACCCUAAAGAUGUAUUCAUUUCUUUUUGGCAUUUCGUUAACAAGUUAUUGAGCGACGAUAUGUCCCCUGAAAUGAAGUUGGAAGAUGCAUUUGAGUUGUUUAGCAAAGGUGUCAGUCCAAAUGGAUCUUGUUGGGAUCAUGUUAUAGGGUACCGCAAAGCGAGUAUUGAACGGCCAGACAAGGUUUUGUUCUUAUCCUAUGAGGAAAUGAAGAAGGAUCCAAAGAGUGAGGUUAAGAAAUUAGCCACCUUCUUAGGUUACCCUUUUGAAGAAGGUGAUGGAGAAAUAGAAGAGAUAAUAAAGUUAUGCAGUUUCAAGAAAUUAAGAGAGGUGAGCAAAGCAAAUAAGGAUGGACAUAAGGCUAUACCUAAUGAUGCCUUCUUUCGAAAAGGCGAGGUUGGUGAUUCAGUCAAUUAUCUAACACCGGAAAUGAUUGAGGUUUUGGACAAGAUCACCUUAGAAAAGUUUAAUGGUUUGGAUAUCUCGUUUUAA